AGCUCGAGUGUCCAGGCGUGAAUAACGAGCGCUACGUUCGUCAUCCGCUCGGAAUAUUAAUGUCUGUCGGGAAUUAAAGUAUGACACAGAAGACGCAGUAAAAUCGAAAGUGACAGAUGUGUCAGAUACAUCGCUAGUCAUAUGUUAAGUUCAGAGUUACAGGAAACAUUGGAGCAGCUUUUACCUCACUUUGCCUCGAACUGCACUUCCGUGUUGUGUGUUGUCGGAUAUAAAUGUACGUGAUACUGUAGCUGUACAUAUAUCCGUUAUAGUGAGCUGUAUCUUCGCUACUAGGUCGAUAGUAUUUCGGUAUAUUUGGCUGGAAAAAAAAACGUCCGGAGCCUGGGUCUGUCCCGGGAAUGAAGAGGAAAGCUAAAACUAUGGGUGCAACUCACAGCUCUGGUUUAGCCUCGAGCCACAGUGUGUCUUCAGCUGCAGGAUCGUCCGCCUCGCUCUCACAACGAGACUUGUUCUCCGUUCCUCUGGAGAUCCUGGAGGAGAUCUUCCAGAAUCUACCUCCCCAUCAGGUGGUUUGUGUUUGUCGGCUGGUGUGCCAUCAGUGGGGGGAAGUGGCCGACAGCGAGUCUCUGUGGCGAGAGAGAUGUCGACGAGAGGGAUACCGCCUCCGCGAUGCUUCCACAAUUCCCAAAGACUGGAGGUUGUUUUACUUCUUGUGCAAGAAGAGAAGAAAUCUUCUCAAGAAUCCAAAAGGAGAUCAGAAAAUGAAGAACUGGCAGAUACUGGAGAAUGGUGGCGAUAACUGGAAAGUGGAGGGAGUCAUGGUGCCACAUCCGAAUGAGACCGUCCAGCAAAACUUCGUGACCUCUUACGGGAUGUGCAAGAAGUCGCAGCUGAUUGAUUUGGCGGUGGAAGGUUACAACCCAUUGUUUAUGGAUCACUUCCAGCCAGACAUCAAAGUAUCUGAUUGGUAUGCCCCACGAUGGGAUUGUGGCAGUGAAUAUCAGAUCUGCGUAGAGUUGCUGAAUCAAAGAAAGAAGCCUGUCCAGACGUUUGCUCCUGAGACGGUUUACUUCGAGCAGUGGAACGAUCAUCAAUGGACUCAGAUGACCCAUGUAUUCCAGAACUACGGAACAGGAGUGCGGUUCAUCCGUUUCACCCACGGAGGCAAGGACACCCAGUUCUGGGCGGGGUGGUAUGGAAUUCGUAUCACCGACAGCUGCGUGGAGAUAAGUCCAGCAAUGGACACAUAGAGCUUAGUCAUUCAGCGACUGCCUGCUUCCCGCCUCUGCAUCAAGAAAUUCUAAAUUGCACCUUAUUUUGGGAAAUUGCACCAAUUGUUAUUUUGCUUAUGUAAUCUGCAGUAAUUUUACAUGUUCAAGGAACAUCUUGUAAGAAGCUAUGAAUACUGUAUGUGCAUCAGUUUCUUUAUGAAAUGUCAUUUUUGUAAAACUCCCAAUGCCGCACCGUAACAAGACAUACAUGUAGAUUUAGAGUCGCAUAGCACGCUUUUAUGAUAUGCGGUUCAUGAGUUAAAGCAGUUCUGUACAGCACAACUGAAACAUUUUUGUCGAAUUGAACAUGUUAAAAAAUACUAUUCUAGAUCAUGCAAAUCUGAGAUUAUAAUAAAAUCACUCAAAUAAACAUUGAAAUACCGUCCAUGGCAUCGGGUUUCAAAUUUUGAGGUUAAAAAAUGAUCCAAUUUUCCCAAAGAGCCUCACACACACACACACACACACACACACACACACACACACACACACACCUUUGCAUCGAGGUUAGUCGUUUCAGUACCAACACGUCGUUAUGGUCCAUGACAUAACAGCCGCAUCACAAUCAGUUUCAGGUGCAUUAAACGGUAAAUCCCCCUCCAUAUUCAACAUUCCUAACUUUUAAUGAAAACUUAAUGCUUGAGUCAGAAUUCAAUCAUUUUGUGUUCAGUGUUUUUGUACAACUGGUCGUAGAAGUCGUGAGGAGAAGAUGCCAGAUAGAGUAAGAAGGCAGCUUUGCUGAGCAGACUCUUGGACUGAACCAUCUGGCUCUGUCUCAGGACGAUAACACCAUGAAGUUUUAUGAAGGCACCUCUGGGUGCUGCGACGUCAUUAUUUAAACAUCCACGAUAAGGCCAGAAUGAAGGCAAAAUAAAAAGCCGAUCUCUCAGAUCAGAAGGGAUUCUGUGUAUGAAUAUGAACACUGCAGCACUAAAACAAACCAGCCUUAAUGGACAUUCUAUUAAUCUUUGCACUAACCUGUAAAUGCGUAAGUUAUGAUGCUAAAAAGUUGUUGGAAAACUAUAUUAUGUGGAAAAUGUAUACAAUGUCACAACAUUUAAUCAUGUAACCAGACAUUAGUAUUUGAAGUUAGGUUUAUUCAUAAUACUGGUUUAUCGUGGCGCUUCAUCACAAGCAAGAUACAAUACAACUUUGAUGUCAAAUUGAAUAAAAACCAAAGAGUAACUCGUUCUCUCAA